AUCACAUAAAGCAGCUGUUGGAAGUAAAGGCUGAGAAGAGGACAGUGGCCAGAGGGGAAGAGAAAGGGGCUGUGAGGUGCCAUGGCCACUCUGAGCAGGAAGCCGGGCCAGAGGUUCACACUCCCAGACUGGUACACCAACUGUGACCUCCUCUCAACCAAUGCCGAGAGACAGCGUUCUGUGUCCCACCAGAUCAGGCAGGAGGCACGGAUCCUUCGCAAUGAAACCAACAACCAGACAAAGUGGGAUAAACAUGACAACUGCACACGCCUGAAUGAGCGGAUUGACAGUGUCAAUCAAUGGAAAGAGGCCCUGGACAAAUGCCUGACAGACACCGAUGCAGAAAUCAAUGCUUUGACCCAAAUGAAGGAGGCGGCAGAGCGUGCCCUGCAAGCAAAGAACUUGCCGAUGGAUGUGGCCAUUGAGUGCCUCACCCUCCGGGAGAGCCGUCGAGCCAUCGAUGUAGUGACAGACCCCGUAGAGGAUGAGCUACACAAAGAGGUGGAGGUGAUUGAUGCUACCAAGAAAGACCUCCAGCAGAAAGUGAGCGAGGCCUUUGAGCAACUCUGCCUCUUGCAAGAAGCCUGCCACCAGCUUAACUUUGACCACCGGGGGAAAAUGGAAGCCCUGGAGAUUGACCGGACUUGUGUGUCGCUCAGUGUCAACUCCCCCAACAUCUCCUACAAAGUCAACCCUACUCGAGUGCCAGUUGGAUCUGUCACUCCUCAACAGUGGGACCAAUAUAGCCAGUACAACAAGGACCGAGCUGAGGCAGAAAUGAAAGCGGCCGUGGAGCUGCGGGAAGCCAUAGCACUCACUAUUGCCCAGACAGACAAUGAACUGGAAGCUCAGCGUGUAGCCACGGAAUUUGCCUUCCGAAAGAGAAUCCAUGAACUGGAAAGAGCCCUUGAUGAACUGAGGUGGCAGGAAAAAAAUACCCUUGAAGAAAUUUCUGAGAUGCAGGAGGACAUUAGGCGCCUGGAGGACGAUCUCCGGAAGAAAAUCUGGAAUCUGAAACUAGCUCAUACCCGCUUGGAGACCCGAACUUACCGACCCAAUAUGGAGCUGUGCCGUGACCAGGCUCAGCAUGGAUUGACGGAUGAGGUUCAUCAAUUGGAAGGAACUAUUGCAGCUUUGAAGCAGAAGCUGGCACAAUCACAGGAUGCUUUGGAUGCUCUCUACAAACACUUGUAUCGCAUUCAGACAGACAUUGGCUACAAAACCAACUCCCUGAUGCUAGAUAACAAAUGCAUGGACUCCAGACGGAAGCUGACAGUCCCUGCUGAGAAAUUUGUGCCAGAGGUGGACACGUUCAACCGGACCACCAAUCGCACCCUCUCACCCCUUAAGAGCAGACAGCUGGAACUGGCGUAGUGUAAUGGGCUCAAUGUGUUAUCCCUGGAAAAAACGCUGAAGAGAGAAUUGGUUUGGAAAGGGGAUGCCGUUGCUCCCCCAAUGGUUACAUGCCAAGGCAACCUGCUACCUGUUUCAAAGUGGAAUGAUUUUGUUUCUCACUUUUUCCCCACCCCAGUGUUGUAUGCCUGUCCUUUGUUUGACUGUUUAAAGUGAUAACCAAUAA